GGCAGCGGGAGAGGGUCGGUGUUCCACGGCGAGCCCGCUGAGGCCGCAGCUCCGCUGGGCGCGACCGCAUCGCAUUGCCCGGCAGCCCGCAGGAAUUCCCAUUGCCAGACUUUGGCUGGAUGGAGGAAGAGAAGGCUGUGAGGAGGAGGAAGUUGUCCCGGGAACCCCAGGCAGGUGAGGAGGAAGUCAGUGCCCCUUUGCCCCUCUCUCCUGCUCCAUCUCCCAGCCCAGCCUGGCCCCGGCUGCAGGACAACCCCGCUGCCAACGCCGUCCUGCCGGGGAUGCACUGGGGGGAUCUCCUUGGCCUUGCCUCUGGCACGGAGGCAAAUCCCAUCCUGUCCUUGUCCUUCCUCCCCCAGACAAGGAGGCCAGGGAGGACAAAUCCACUCAGCAGAACCUCGUGGAAGAGGCUGUUUUGAGCAGUCCCAUGGCACAGGAAUGCAACGGGGAGGAAAAGGCGCGGAGAUCCCGCCCGAGGAGGGGCUCCAAACCCAUGCCAGGGCGCUCCAAGGAGGAAGGACCCACCCUGUGCCAGGAAGGCAGCCAGAGAUGUGGCCAGAGCUCUGAGCUGGUCGUGCAUGAACAGCUUCACAAUGACAAGAAGCGGCACCAGUGCUCAGAAUGUGGGAAGAGUUUCUGUGCAAACCGCAGCCUGCUUCGGCACCAGAAGAUCCACACUGGGGAACGGCGCUACGAGUGUGGGAAAUGUGGGAAGCGCUUCAGAGACACUUCUAACCUGAUGAUCCACCAGACAGUCCACACUGGGGAACGGCCCUAUGAGUGUGGGCAGUGUGGGAAGAGCUUCACUACGAGCUCCAGACUGAUUGUCCACAAGAGGAUCCACACUGGGGAACGGCCCUAUGAGUGUGGGGAGUGUGGGAAGAGCUUCACUGAGAACUCCAGUUUAUGCAGGCACAGGAGGAUCCACACUGUUGAACGGCCCUAGAAAUGUGGAGAAUGUGGUAAAGGCUUCAUGAAGAGCUCCCACCUCAAACGCCACCAGAUGAUCCACACUGGGAUGUGACCCCCUGUGUGUGUGGGCAGUGCGGGAAGAGCUUCUGUGACACCUCUGGCCUGAUCAUGCAGCAGACAGUGCACACUGGGGAAUGCCCCUACACGUGCUCAGAAUGUGGGAAGAGCUUCAUCCAGCACUCCAAGCUGCACCGGCAGAUGCACAGCGGAGAGAGGCCCUAACAGUGUCCUGAGUGUGGGAAGAGCUUGUCCCAGAGCUGUGCCGUGACCCAAGAGCAAUGGAGGCAGCAGGAAGGGAAGCCCUACAAGUGCCCGGCGUGCGGGAAGGGCUUUGUGCGCUGCUCCAACUCCAUCCCCCGUUGGAGGAGCCCAUUGGAUGAUCCCCAGUGAGCCCCAUUGGGCAGAGCUUUGGAGAUCCACGGUCCUGGUGAUCCAUGUGUGCAAGUGUUGGGGAUUACAUUUGUUUCUUUUUCACUUACAGAAUUUUUUUCCCGUAAGUUGCUAGAAGACUAACAACUGUGUGCUUGAUUUAAAGAAAGAAGAGUCCAAAGGAAACGGAAGCAGUGGGCUACACCUGUUGUUUUUGGGCCUCUAAGAGUUUCCCUCAGAGGGAGGUGAUAAGUGGAGUUUUGGGGGAGGUAAAGGACAGAGCUGGGGGCAGCUGCUCUUGCUCUGGGCAUGGGAGAGAGGAUGGUCGGGCUGGUGCUCGCUGCGGGAAGAGCUCACGGUCAUCACUGCGUCUUGCCCUGGGAAAUUGCCAUCAUCUGCUCAUGUGCUCGUGUGCCCAGGGAUUCUGAGCUCGCCUCCCCCUGCCCUGCUGGGCCCGCCGUCUCGCCAUCGCGGCCUAUUCGGGGCUGCUUUGAGGCUUUCUGCUACUCUCUAGCCCUGCCGUGCCCUGCCCUGCCGGGACAUCCCUGCUGCUCCAGCUACCAGUGCAGAACUUCUGAGCUCAUCCACCAUCCCAGGGCUUUCCACCCUUCCAGCUUGGUCUCUUGGAGUCCUGCUGGGCCACCGGGAUCAAACUGCCCCGGGCUUUGUGAAAGAAAGCCCUCGAGGUUCCUGGUUCUGUUUAUUAUUAAUGCUGUAGUUGUUGUUUAUUUGCUUUGUCAUACCUACAGUUGGCCGGGGAAUCAGCCAGAGUCAAGACAGCACUCAAUAUGAGUUAAAAAUCUUGCUCGUUUAUUCAGCUAUUUGGCAUACAUUUAUACUGUGCUAAGCAUAUCAUGCACCUAACUCUGAACAUCAUUGGUUAAACCAUAGUGUUCACACGUCCUUGCAGUAGACAUAAUUGGUUCAGAAACUCUGUCCACAAGGCUAAAUGCUGCAAAUCUUCCCUAACUUAUGGUCAAUGCAUCCUGUCUAGCAUCCUGUUACAGCUACUCUUCCAAGCUUUACUUCCUCCUUAUCCCAUCUAAGGAAUGGUUCAAGGACGUUUCAUCUUCUACUCAUCCCUUAAGCUAAGAGCAGGAUUGUGCACAUGUCCCUGCUUUUCCAGCCAUGCAUCCACAACAUACCAGUGAAGAACUGUUCUUCCUGGCCCCAUCCUUCUGCCUGAAAGCCCCCCUUCAUUUUCUACAUCAUCAUCGUUUGGAGGGAGAGGAUUUGAAUUCUCCACCCCUAGGGAGGUCCUGCCCUUCCCUAUCAGAUUCCUGUCUGUCAAACCAAGACAGGAAGAGAGCUGGCUGGUGGUCUGCACAUCUUCCUGGCCACCUGUGGGCACCUGGAUGCAACAGGACCCCAAGGGGAUGUGGCCAUGAAUGGUGACAUGGACAUGGCUGGAGACAUGGGGGUGACAUGGACACGGGUGGGGACAUAGAGAGCCAAGAUUGGGGGCAUGGUGGGGAUACGGGCAUGGGUGGGGACAUCAGGGCACACGGACAUGGGUGGGGACAUGAGGUGAACUUCCAGGGAAUGUGGGGGAUGAUGGGUUUGAGUGAACUCAGGGCUCUUGGGAGGGGCAUGGGGUGCUGUGUCAUGAAACUGAAAUUCCAGAUCAUCCCAGCGUGUGCCGUGGAUCCCAGAGGGGAAUUCCCAAGGCUCCCAGGGUGCCGGUUCUGCCCUGCUGCCCAGGGCAGCUGUGCCCAAGGGGCAGGUGACAAGGUCCUGAAGCUGUGUAGGCUGACAAAGCAGACAGCAAAGGUUGGUUUGCUGGACAUUUUCCAGCCCAUUGCCAGCUCCAAGCAGAGGGAAGAAGAAAAGGAAAGUGAGUCCCUGACAGAAUCCCAGAACCAUUGCAGUGGGAAGGGCCCCUGGCCGUGGGCUACAGUGCCAGGAGGGAGAGACGCCUCUACCCCAGUGAGGUGCAAAUGAGACCACAGCACCAGAACCUAUGGAUUUUAUUCAGAUGUGUUUAAUGGAAUGUUGUAAGCAGUCAUGUAGUAGCUGUUUUUUUGCUAUAAUUUAUUUACUUUAAUUAUAAAAUGGUAUUUUCUUGUAAAUAAUAAUGGAAAGUUCCAAACUGCUUUGAAGUAGGAUAAUAUUUGUAAACGCUUUGAGCAGUGUAAAAGUGGAAGAGAGGCUUUCACAAGAUGUAAUUGGGCUUGCAAAAGAUGAAUUUUAAGAUAUGAUUAUUACUGCAAUAUAUAUGUCCAAGACAGCAUAAGCAGAGAGCAGAAGAGCAUAAAAGGAGAAAUAGCAAAACCCCUUUAAAGUGGCAUCUGAAGACCACCCUAGACCUGAGACGUGUUCAACUCUUGAAGUGUGCAAGGUUGCAGAAAAUCUGAAUUAAGAUUGUGGUCAACCAGCUCAAACUAAAUCUGCUCAAUCAUUUGAGGAAAUAAUACACCUGCAACGGUAUAAAAGACUGCAGACUGCAGAAGUGGGUGUGUGGUGGCUUUGCCAGGCCCCUGUGUCUUUUGCUUUCUGUUUUAUCCCUUACUAUCCUUUAUUAAAACUCUUAAAAAUUUUCA